UCCAAUAAGCUCUCUCCUUUCCAUUAUUGCCCUUACUAGAACCUCUUCUCCACUAAACCCAUGACACCGUGUGGGCCAUCUUCUUCUCAUUGUUUUCAGUUUAGGCGGGAUGUAAAUCAGAUAAUUAAAGAAAGAAAACAGAGGAUCCAUCUUCGAAAGUUCCUUUCUUUUUCUAUAUAAAUUCCUCUGUUUUCUCAGCAACCAACCAGAGGUAUAUGUCUCAAAGAAAAGCACUGGCUUGGUUUCCUAGUUUACAAAUACUCGUCGUGGAGAUCGGUCUUCUUCUGACCCAUCUUUAACACCUAGUAGUAAUCUUUACAGACCCUCCUUGAGUUCCAGGGAUGAGGCCUACUUCAGCAUCAGUAGAGUGGAUAUUUUUAGCCACUUACCUUGUCCUAGAGAUCUUGUCAGCUGCUUGUGAUCAGGCUUCCUCCCCAAGAAGACCCCACUUUGCACUAUUUGGUAUGUUGUUGGCUAUUGCAGCUGUGUUCAUUUCCAUCGGGGAGCUAAUUUACAGAGGUAAAAGGGAAAGAGUUGUGUUGAGGAGACGGGGAAUGCUCUGGUGGUUUUAUCAUCCACCACCUCCUCGACAUACGCCUUUUGGUACUCUUCCUGACAUUUAUGGACAAGUUGCUGGCAUCUCACAGUGCAUUUGCUCUAUAGUUCAGUAUGUUUACUGCCUUCGGCAUGCUGAUAGUCCUUUCAAAGCAUCCCUUUUGCCUGCCAUAUUUCUUAUCUGUUUAGUUGGUUCAAGACUAAGUAAUAACCGUAUGAACGCCAGCACGGAAGAAACUUUGUUACUUUCCUCCUUUGAGGGUCAAGGUUUGAGUCUCUUCAUGCACACUAUAUUUCUUACAUUUUUAGGAGCAGGAGCAGGAGCAGGAGCGGGAGCAGGAGCAGGUGCGGCGGCGGCUGCACCUGCAGCGGGAGCAGGAGCAAGAGCAAGAGCAGGACCAGGAGUGGCUGCAGCGGCUGCCGCGGCUGCAGAAGCCGAAGGUGCGGCGGCGGCUGACGCGGGAGCAGGAGCAGGAGCAAGAGCAGGACCAAGAGUGGCUGCAGCGGCUGCCGCGGCUGCAGAAGCCGAAGGUGCGGCGGCGGGAGCAGGAGCGGCAAGUGCGGCCGCGGGAGCAGGAGCGGCAAGUGCGGCGGCUGCUGCACCUGCAGUAGGAGCAGGAGCGGCUGCAGCGGCUUAG